AUCGGUAGUUUCAAAUCGAAAUACUUUGAUACAAUGGAAAUACCUAAGGCUAAAGAAGAUAAAACACCCAAAUUAUAUGUACCUGUUGAGGAAUUUAAGUUUCAUGGUCCUCUUGAAGAUGAUACCAGCAAUGGGUUAUUUUUGAACGACUUCUAUUUUCCAGAGGAAAUUAUAAUGAAAGUUCUUACGUUCCUUCCACCUUAUCAAUUAUUACCUUUAAGUUUAGUGUGUAAAAAGUGGUGCAACAUUAUUAAAUCGACUAGUAUUUGGAUGGAUGUAUAUAAUAAUCAAUUUCCUAAUAGAGCUAAAAGGUUGCCUUGGUACGUGUACUACUUAUAUUAUUCAACAAAUAAUUUUAAAAACUUAAUAAAAACUGGUAACGCGAAAGCAGAAUUUAAUGAUUUUACAAGAUUAACACAGUUUGAUGAGGUAGAAAAUAUCUUCUUUAAAAUACAGGUAAGUCGGUUGGUGAAUUUGAAGCUGAAUUUAUUAAAAGAUAAAAUCUUUUGAAGUUGAAUGUAAUAUUUUUGGCGAUUUUAGGUAAUACGUUUGGAGCACAAACGGCUUCUUAGGUAUGUAAUAAAUACGUUUAAGCCCCAUAUUUAUGUAAGUGAAUGGUACACUGGGUUUUUCCAACCUAGACAUGGGUAUAAACUAACAAUUAAAGGUUUUUCUUCUGAAAGUACCCAGAAACCUGUGGAGGAGUUUACAGUAGAUGAAAAUAAUGAUGAAAUUGUGUUAUUUUCUGUUUUGAAACCUGUCCUUAUAGAGCAAUGUAGAGGCAGAAAAUGGAAUAAGAUGGAGACAAUCGUAGAAGAAUAUGAUAAAUCCCUUAGAAUGCUAGUAUUUCAGCAUGAAAGUAUCAAUAAACAAUUUUGGAGUGGACAUUAUAGAAGUAGAAGGGCAGUCGUCCAAUUUGUUUUUGAAAGUAUGCAACCGAUAGAGGAACAUAAUGAGGAGCCUUGUGAUUGA